AUGGCGCCUGUUCGGGGGCUUUGCAAGUGGGUCGUCGCUGUCUUCGCCGCUCUUGUUCUCGUCGGAGGAGUCUCCAUGGAGGCGAAGGUCGAAGCCGCGAGGGAGUUCAGAGUGGGCGGCGCCGAAGGUUGGCAUGAUCCCGCUGAACUCAACUCCUCGCUUUACUCCGACUGGGCUACGAGGAACAGGUUCCGCGUUGGAGAUUCUCUCAAUUUCGAGUACAAGAACGACUCGGUUCUGGUGGUGGACAAAUGGAGCUAUUACCACUGCAACACAAGCAACCCCAUCGCGGCCUUCAACAACGGGAACAGCACGUUCACCCUCGACCAGCCCGGUUUCUUUUACUUCAUAAGCGGGACGACCAAUCACUGCAAGAAUGGCCAGCGCUUGAUCGUCGACGUGAUGUCUCCUCACCGAAUCCCUCGCUCCACUCCUCCCUCCAUCGCCAACCCUCCACAGGCUGGCGUGGGCGGCCUCUCUCCUUAUGCUUCCCCGCUCUCGAGUGCUUCCUCAGGAGCAGCAAUGGGAACCUCAUCAGUUGCGGUUGCGGCUUUCAUGAGUCCAUUGGCUAUGGCUUCUUUCGCAGCUAUGAUGCAUUUUUAUUACUAG